UCGCCAGUCUGAAGCUGACUUUGACGGAAGCGAGAUGACGUCGACCCUACUGGCCACCCUGUCCAGUCUAUACACCGGACUGUUCAACUUUGUGAAGGCGAAAGUGCCCUUUGUGAUCGAGGCAGCCAUGGUCACCCUCUGCUUCGCCUCCAUUGUGGGGCGCUACUGCAUUCUGGUUUAGAAGGAGGAAAUUUGGAAGACUUGGCGCUGUGUGAUUCGGAGGAACUCUAUAUAUGUAUAUUUAUGUGGAUGUGUGUUCUGUGACCUUAUGUGGAAUACAAACUAAAUGCUUAAACCUAAA